AUGCGUCCAGAAGUCGAGCAAGAGCUCGCUCACACGCUCCUCGUCGAGCUCCUGGCAUAUCAAUUUGCCUCGCCAGUCAGGUGGAUCGAGACCCAAGAUGUUAUCCUUGAGAAGAACAGAACAGAAAGAAUUGUUGAAAUUGGUCCCGCAGACACUCUCGGUGGUAUGGCCAAGAGAACACUUGCCUCCAAAUACGAGACCUACGAUGCUGCCACCUCAUUAUCACGACAAGUGUUGGCGUAUAACAAGGAUCUGAAAGAAAUUUACUAUGACGUCGAUCCGGUAGAGGAAGAGGCUGCUCCAGCGGCUGCCCAAGCUUCGUCAUCCGCACCAGCGCCCUCAGCACCUGCUGCUGCUCCCGCUGCCGCAGCUUCGGCCCCUCCACCAGCAGCCAGCGCCGGGCCUGCUGCUGCGGUGCCAGAUGCUCCAGUGGGAGCCGUCGACAUUCUGCGAGCAUUGGUGGCCCAGAAGCUCAAGAAACCACUCGCAGAUAUCCCUCUCAGCAAGGCAAUAAAGGACCUGGUCGGCGGGAAAUCGACAUUGCAGAACGAAAUCCUAGGAGACCUGGGCAAAGAAUUUGGUUCGACACCCGAGAAGCCAGAAGACACUCCUCUGGAUGAGCUCGGUGCCUCAAUGCAGUCCACUUUCAAUGGCCAGCUGGGCAAGCAGUCGCAGUCGCUGAUCGCUCGCUUGGUUGCCUCCAAGAUGCCCGGUGGCUUCAAUAUCACAGCUGUCAGAAAACACCUCGAGAACAGCUUCGGCCUGGGGCCUGGUAGACAAGACGGUGUUCUUCUGCUUGCACUCACAAUGGAGCCAGCUUCACGUUUAGGCUCGGAAAAUGAUGCCAAGGCCUAUCUCAGUGAUGUGGCCCAGAAAUAUGCUGCAACAGCUGGAAUCAGCCUCUCCUCUGCCUCAGCCGGCGGUGCUGCAGCCGGUGGCGCUGGUGCUGGCAUGAUGAUGGAUCCUGCUGCUAUCGAUGCUCUGACCAAGGAUCAACGAGCUCUGUUCAAACAGCAACUCGAGCUCUUGGCCCGCUAUCUCAAGAUGGAUUUGCGUGCCGGUGACAAGGCUUUCGUUGGCUCUCAAGAGGCCAACAAGGCUCUUCAAGCACAACUUGAUUUGUGGAACACCGAACACGGCGAAUUUUAUGCUUCGGGAAUUGAGCCUUCUUUCAGCCCCUUGAAAGCCCGUGUUUACGAUUCCUCGUGGAACUGGGCUCGACAGGACGCUCUUAGCAUGUAUUACGACAUCAUCUUUGGCCGUCUCAAGGCCGUUGACCGAGAAAUCGUCAGCCAGUGCAUUCGGAUCAUGAACCGAUCAAACCCGACCCUCAUCGCAUAUAUGCAAUAUCACAUCGACAACUGCCCCACCGAGCGUGGUGAGACUUAUAAACUGGCCAAAGAGCUGGGAGAGCAGCUCAUUGAGAAUUGCAAGGACGUUUUGAACGAAGCACCGGUCUACAAGGACGUUAUGGUCCCUACUGGUCCUCAGACCACUAUAGACGCUCGAGGCAACCUCGAUUACCAAGAGGUCCCUCGUCAAAGUGCCCGCAAACUCGAGCACUAUGUGCGUGAGAUGGCAGAGGGUGGCAAGAUCUCUGAAUACAGCAAUCGGACCAAAGUGCAGAACGACCUUCGUAACGUUUAUAAGUUGAUUCGGAAGCAGCACAAGCUAUCGAAGGCUUCGCAAUUGCAGUUCAACUCCUUGUACAAGGAUGUUGUCCGUGCUUUGGCGAUGAAUGAGUCACAAAUUAUGCCACAGGAGAAUGGCGAUGUCAAGAGACCUGGUCGCAACGGAUUGCCACGAGCCACUAUGAAUGGAAACGUCAAGCAGGGCAAGACCGAGACGAUUCCGUUCCUCCAUCUCAAGAAGAAAGAACAACACGGUUGGGAGUACAGCAAGAAGCUGACUGGCGUCUACCUUGAAGGAUUGGAGAAUGCUGCAAAAUCAGGCCUGACCUUCCAGGGCAAGAUGGCGCUGAUGACUGGUGCCGGUGCAGGGUCCAUCGGAGCCGAAGUUCUGCAAGGUCUGAUCAGUGGUGGCGCCAAAGUUGUCGUCACGACUAGUCGUUACUCGCGUGAGGUUACCGAGUACUAUCAAUCAAUGUAUGCUCGGUUCGGUGGCCGCGGUUCUCAGCUUGUCGUGGUGCCAUUCAACCAAGGAAGCAAGCAGGACGUGGAAGCCCUGGUUGACUAUAUCUACGACAUCAAGAAGGGUCUUGGCUGGGAUCUGGACUACAUUGUGCCCUUCGCAGCUAUCCCCGAGAAUGGUCGCGAGAUCGAUAGCAUCGAUUCCAAGUCUGAGCUGGCUCACCGUAUCAUGUUGACUAACCUGAUCCGUCUUCUUGGAUACGUCAAAUCGAAGAAGUUCGAGAACGGCUUCAACACUCGACCGGCUCAAGUCAUGCUUCCACUCUCGCCCAAUCACGGUACCUUCGGUAACGACGGUCUUUACUCCGAGUCCAAGCUUGCCUUGGAGACUCUUUUCAACCGCUGGUCUUCUGAGAGCUGGGGUGAUUACCUCACAAUUUGCGGCGCAGUCAUUGGCUGGACUCGUGGCACUGGUUUGAUGAGUGGCAACAACAUCGUUGCUGACGGGGUUGAGAAAUACGGUGUCCGGACCUUCUCCCAACAGGAGAUGGCCUUCAACCUGCUUGGCCUGAUGUCACCUGCCAUUGUCGACUUGUGCCAACAGGAACCCGUUUUUGCCGACUUGAACGGUGGUUUACAAUUUCUGCCAGAUCUCAAGGAUUUGAUGACGAAACUUCGCGCCGAGAUCAUGGAGACCAGCGCCAUCCGACAAGCCGUCACCAAGGAGACUGCCUUGGAGAACAAAAUUGUCAAUGGUGAGGACAGUGAGGCUCUUUACAAGAAAGUUACCAUUGAGCCAAGAGCCAACCUGAAAUUCGAUUUCCCCGAGCUGCCCGACUGGCAGAAGGAGGUGGAGCCUCUGAGCGCUAAGCUCAAGGGCAUGGUUGACCUUGACAAGGUGGUUGUGGUCACCGGCUUCUCUGAGGUCGGACCUUGGGGCAACUCCCGCACACGAUGGGAAAUGGAAGCCUAUGGCGAGUUCUCGUUGGAGGGCUGCGUUGAGAUGGCCUGGAUGAUGGGCCUGAUCAAGAAUCACAAUGGCCCUCUCAAGGGUAAAUCGUACUCUGGCUGGGUCGAUGCAAAGACUGGCGAACCUGUCGACGACAAGGAUGUCAAAGCCAAAUAUGAAAAGCACAUCCUCGACCACUCGGGCAUUCGUCUCAUUGAGCCUGAGUUGUUCAACGGUUAUGAUCCAAAGAAGAAGCAGCUACUUCAAGAAAUCCAAAUCGAAGAGGAUCUCGACCAGUUCGAAUCGUCCAAGGAGACUGCCGAAGAAUUCAAACGACAGCACGGCGACAAGGUCGAGGUCUUCGAGCUCGAGUCCGGCGAGUACAGUGUCCGCCUAAAGAAAGGCGCCACUCUUCUUAUCCCCAAAGCCCUCAGAUUUGAUCGCCUUGUCGCUGGUCAAAUCCCCACAGGCUGGAACGCCAAGACUUACGGUAUUCCGGACGACAUCAUAUCGCAAGUGGACCAGGUCACGUUGUUCGUUCUUGUGUGCACAGCCGAAGCCCUGCUUUCAGCUGGUGUUACCGACCCGUACGAGUUCUAUAAAUAUGUGCAUCUGUCUGAGGUGGGCAACUGCGUCGGUUCCGGUAUUGGUGGUACCACUGCACUUCGUGGCAUGUACAAAGAUCGUUUCAUGGACAAGCCUGUUCAGAAGGAUAUUCUCCAGGAAUCUUUCAUCAACACCAUGGCCGCCUGGGUCAACAUGUUGCUGUUGUCGUCGACUGGUCCAAUUAAAACUCCCGUGGGUGCUUGUGCAACAGCUGUUGAGUCAAUCGAUAUCGGGUACGAGACUAUUGUGGAAGGAAAGGCUCGUGUUUGCUUUGUCGGUGGCUUCGAUGACUUCCAAGAAGAAGGCUCCUACGAGUUUGCGAACAUGAAGGCGACUAGCAAUGCCGAAGAUGAAUUUGCGCAUGGCCGGACUCCCAAGGAGAUGUCCAGACCUACCACCACUACUCGAAACGGGUUCAUGGAAUCCCAAGGCUGUGGUAUGCAAAUCAUCAUGUCUGCCCGCCUUGCUUUAGACAUGGGAACACCUAUCUAUGGCAUCCUUGGCCUUGUCUCGACUGCCACCGACAAAAUUGGUCGAUCUGUGCCGGCUCCUGGUCAAGGUGUGUUGACCACCGCACGUGAAAACCCCGGCAAAUAUCCGUCGCCUCUGCUUGACAUCAACUACCGCAAGAGACAGCUCGACCUCCGCCGACGCGCGAUCAAGAACUGGCAAGAGUCUGAACUUCUGUACCUCCAUGAGGAGGUGGCAGCUAUGAAGGCUCAAGCUGGCUUUGGUUUCAAUGAGGCCGAAUACAUGCAAGAGCGUGCCGAACACAUCGAGCGGGAGGCAAUCCGACAAGAAAAGGAGGCACAGUUCAGCUUGGGCAACAACUUCUGGAAACAAGACCCUGCCAUUGCUCCCCUCCGCGGUGCCCUGGCUACUUGGGGUCUCACGAUUGAUGACCUUGAUGUUGCUUCUUUCCACGGUACCUCGACCGUUGCGAACGACAAGAACGAAUCCGAGGUUCUUUGCAAACAAAUGGCGCAUCUUGGCCGCAAGAAGGGCAAUGCCAUGCUUGGUAUCUUCCAGAAAUACUUGACUGGUCAUCCUAAGGGUGCGGCUGGUGCAUGGAUGUUCAACGGCUGCUUACAAGUCCUCAACAGCGGUCUCGUUCCUGGAAACCGGAACGCCGACAACGUUGAUCAGGUAAUGGAGAAAUUUGACUACAUAGUCUAUCCAAGCCGAUCACUGCAGACCGAUGGCAUCAAAGCAUUCUCUGUCACGUCCUUUGGUUUUGGUCAGAAGGGCGCUCAAGCAAUUGGCAUUCACCCCAAAUACCUCUAUGCUACGUUGGACGAGGCUGAGUUCCAGCGCUACAAGGUCAAGGUUGAAGCCAGACAGAAGAGAGCCUACAGGUACUUCCACAACGGCAUGAUCAACAACACUGUGUUCGUUGCGAAGACUAAGGCGCCAUAUCCGGACGAGAUCAUGCAGAAAGUGUUCCUCAACCCGGAACAGCGGGUAGUCGCCGACAAGAAGUCCGGGGAGCUGAUCUACCAUCCCUCCUCGCCUAAGAAAACCCCAGGCCCUCAUGCCCUGGAGACAAAGGCCAUGCUGGAGUCGCUGACGCAAGCCAACGCCACAGAAGGGUCGAAGAUUGGUGUUGAUGUCGAGGACAUCCGAGCCAUUAACAUUGAGAACGAGACUUUUGUUGAGAGAAAUUUCACCGAGCAGGAGCGGGCUUACUGCAGCAAGGCUCCGUCUCCUCAGGCAUCAUUUGCAGGACGAUGGAGUGCGAAAGAAGCAGUCUUCAAGUCUCUGGGUGUGUGCAGCAAGGGUGCUGGUGCUCCUUUGUCGGACAUCGAGAUCCUGGCCGAUGAGAACGGAGCACCCAAAGUUGCCCUCCACGGUGCAGCGCUCGAGGCAGCGAAACAAGCGGGUGUCAAAAACGUUAAUGUCAGCAUCAGCCACAGCGAAAGCCAGGCGAUUGCCGUCGCUGUGUCCGCAUUUUGA